UAAUUCAUUUCAAGGCAGCUCUCUAUACGCAUUUAUAUCCUUCAACGGCGCCAAUUACCAGAUUUCUCUCUCUAGGCUUUACGAUGUCAACAGCACCACCGCCGCCGCAACUUCCGCCUCCAGCCAUGUUGAAUGCUCUCGCUACCUACAACGGUGGAGGUCACUCUCAGUCGUGGAUACAGAGUUUGAAGCCGAGCAUCUUGAUCAUAAUUUUAAUUCUCUCUAUAACAGUUAUUGUCUCGGUCUCUCUCUGCUUUCUCCUCCGCCAUCUCAACCGCCGAUGCAUCCGCCACCUCGCGAACACAGCCUCCACCUCGUCGUCUUCGGCAUCAUUGUCAUCUAACCGACGGGUUUCGCCUGAGUUAUCGCCUGCGUUCUCUAUCAUUGAUUCUCUCCCGCUCUUCACUUUCUCCUCCAUCACUCGUCACUCAGCGGCGGCUGCCUCCGGCGGUGGCGACUGUGCUGUUUGCUUGUCGAAGUUUGAGCAGCACGAUCAGCUUCGUCUGCUUCCUCUUUGCUGCCACGUGUUCCACGCACAAUGUAUCGACACGUGGCUCCGAUCAAACGAAACGAUCGUGAACCAGACUUGUCCGCUCUGUCGAUCUCCAAUUCAGGUCUCCGAGGAGGAUGUGAUGAAAAAAUUACAAGCCUCAACCGCCACAAACGGUGGAGAUGGUGGAGGAGGAGCCAGUUUCCGGCUGGAGAUAGGCUCAAUCAGCCGUCGCCGAGGACAAACAGUGGACUCAAUCGAUUCUGCAAGAUCAUACUCCAUAGGAUCAUUCGAUUACAUUGUUGAAGGUGAAUCCGAAAUCUCAGAGGGCCAAAUGCACCGCAGCAGGAGCAUUUCGAACAAGGACGAAAAUGCAACUUCUCCGGACACACCGGAUCCGGAACCGAGUCUGGUAUCAGAAGUGGCGUCCGGGAGAAGUUGGUUGAAGGAGUACGUUGAUAGGCUAUCGAAUUCUCUCUCCUCCCGGACUUUAUCAUUUCGAAGCUCUGGUCGGUUCCUCACCGGAAGCAGCCGCCACAGCGAGGCUGCUGGAAACAUGGAGUGGGACAUGGAGGCCAACCGUGUUGGGGAAGAAAUCAGUGAACUCUUCCGUUGGUUGUCCGGGGUAUGAUCUGUAAAUUCAAACCAGUUUCAGGGGCAAAUUCUAUAUCCAAGCAUUUCGUGCCACAACAUACAAAUUGAAUAUAGCAGUAAAUGGCGUGGACCGGACGAAUUUUUUUGAUACUUUGCUUGUCAGUUUCAUCUCCACAGAGGGAGGGUUAAGAUUGUUUUUGAUCUUUUUGAUCGACGGCUGAGAUGGGAAGUUGGAAAUUGCAGAGGAGUUUUAUGACCCAUUGAUCACACGUUAGCUGGUAUAGUCUGGUCUAGUACUAUGGUUGGUGAUGGCAGAUGACACACCAUUAAUGAUGAAUCACUAACCAAUUAAUUGAAGAAUAUUUGCAUCCCAUCGUUCAAAGGUACUGUGAGUAUUACCGACCCCUGUUUUUUGUGUGCAAAAUCACAAAUUUUGAGUGUCUUUUUCUUCUAUUAAGUUAGUAAACUGGUGGAAUUGUGAAGACAAGGCAAGGAAGAGUACUAGAUAAAGCAAUUUGUAUUGGUAUUUGGUGAUAAUAUGUGUGUGGUGUGGUCUGUUUUGCUUUGGUAAGAUGUCCUUCUCUUGUCCAAGAAGGAAAUAGGCAGCAUCAACAACAGGGCUAAUGCUACAAGGUUCAUUUAAUUUUGUAAUUUGUUCUGUUCUGGAAUCAGGGUCUUUCUUUGUCUUCAUCAUGGAUGCUAUGGAAUAUGGAUAAUCUUAGACCUCUUUCCAAAGGUGGAUAAACCACACUGCCUCAUCUACACCAUCAGAAAAAGCCUAAAAAUGUCAAAUUGAUGGCAUUUUUGUGUCUUCUGUUAUUAAUGCUGCCUAUAUCAUCCAAACAUUUGGUUCUUUUGCGAAAAGCAUUCUCUGUAUCUAUGUUUUAUAGA